CUCCAUCUCGCUGAAGUCUCCUCUGCACCCCGGCAUCCACUCUGAAAGAUUUGUCUGGGCCAGGAGAAGCAUUUUCACAGGAAGUUAAAAUAAAGUGACUUCCAACCAGAGAUCAUGCACUGGCAGGAGGAUACGGACCUGCCUGCCCUGGAGAACCCAGGGUCCUGAGCACCAGGACCUGGAUCUAUCCAGGGCCAGGAGGGACAUGUGGGAUGGGCGGCAGCAGGACCUGGAUCCACCCAGUGCCACCAGGAACGCAUGGGCCGGCCAAAGUGCAAGGCAGGUGUGGCAGGAGGCAGCCAUGGACAGGGCCAUGGGGCUCUGCAGUGUGACCAUCCUGCUGGGCACUGCUCUCCUGCUGGCACCCAGCAGCACACAGGCUCUGAGCAGCUCCUGGUGGAAGGACCAGGCCACAGAGCAGGAUUUGGCUGAGGAAAUCAUCCUGGGUGUAGGAGCCAUCGAGCCACCAGAGGGUGAACCAGGUAUAAAGGUCUUCUCCAGCAGUGCCUGGGCUCAGAGGGGCCCACCCCAAGUCCGGGAAAGACCAGAAGAGGAUCGUGACCACCACCCCCAAGAUGAUGCCAAAGAGGCCAAUGCCCGUGUGCCACUCUGGAUGCUGGCUCCGAAGGUGCAGAAUGGCCCGGAGGAGGAUCGUGACCACCUCUACCACCCCCAGGAUGAUGCCAGGGAGGCUGAUACCUACAAGCCACCCCGGAUGCUGUCCCUGGAGGUGCAGAAUGGCCCGGAGGAGGACCGUGACCACAUCUACCACAGCUGAGUGGAGAUGUGUUCAGGUUGUGAAAUGAGGGGUGGGAACUGCCCUUGGGGAAAUUUGCCCUUUCCUACCCAGCCUUGAGCCUCACCAAUAAACCCACUUCCCUUUCCACGUCCUGGUGGGCUCCUCAUUACUGGCAGAAACCUGCUGCUAAUUGCAGGGCCUCCAAACUUGCAGGAAUUCCCUCAGGAUUGGCCCAAGGUGCUAGGCAGGGUGAGGAUGAUGCC